AUGGAUCCGCACCCUGCUGUUCUACCGCACUGGAUAACAACUGUGUCAGGGUGGUCUGCUUCUUUCGCUACGUUGGUCAUAGUUUGCUCAGUGUUUAUGCAUCUAAGGAACUACAGAAAGCCUUUUCAGCAGAGAUUGAUGAUUAGAAUUCAAUGGAUCAUUCCUCUCUUUGCCCUAUCAUGCUACUCCAUGCUUGCAAAUCCUACCAGUACGCUUAAUAAGUUUGUCAUUGAGCCCAUUCGUGAAAUCUACGAGGCAUUUGUUAUAUACACCUUCUUUUCUCUCUUGAUCAACAUGCUUGGCGGUGCUAAGAGCAUAAUUAUUAUGACCAGUGGGCGGCCCCCGGUUGCUCACCCUGGAUUUGUGCUGUACGUUUUACCUCCUCUAGACAUCUCGGAUCCUAGGACAUUUUUGAACAUAAAGCGUGGCAUCUUGCAGUAUGUUUGGCUCAAACCUAUAAUCUGCUUCGGGAUUUUACUUUCAGAGUGUGUGGGGAUAUAUGAUGUUAACGAUAUGAGUUUGAAGUCGCUUUACCUUUGGUUUACUAUAGUGUACAACUUCAGCGUUUCCCUCUCGCUAUAUUGCUUAGCAAUCUUCUGGAAAAUUCUCUGGAACGAUCUUAAGCCUUUCAAUCCUGUGGGAAAGUUUCUCUGUGUGAAACUUAUUAUUUUUGCUUCUUAUUGGCAGGGGGUUAUAUUGGCCAUUCUCAACUUCACAGGUAUUUUACCGGGUAACAGUUCGCCGGACGAAAGUGGUGCCCCAAACAUCGGAAUGUCGAUACAAAAUGCCUUGCUUUGUGUGGAGUUGGUGGCAUUCGCCAUAGGACAUUGGCUUUCUUUUUCUUACAGGCCUUUUACUAUAUCAAGGAUACCUAAUGGCAGGUUGGAGUUCUACUAUGCGUUCCGCGACAUGAUCGGGAUCAAAGAUCUCGUUAUUGACUUCCGUUUAACAUUUUACGGUGACUAUUACAAAGACUAUAAGCAGUUCAAUUCUGUCGAUGCGUCUAUCGCACAUCCAUCUUCCAAUGGCAGAAUGGGCAGGAUUAACCAGGGCCUCAGGUAUCAUGGUGAUGGGAAGCAGAAGCAUUGGCUUCCACAGUCUCAUAGUCUUGCGAUUCAAACUCCUAGUCAGCUGGGAAGUACCCCAAAGUCAAACAUCCAAAGCACCUCAGAGUUGUUUGCAUUUCCUGGAACAUCGUCAAAACAUGCGUCUCAUACACUGUACGCCGCGUCUAUAGGUCUGACUAACACGUCUACCCGAGGAGUGUACUCAGGAUCUCCCAAAGUUCAAACCUCGCCGCAAGAAUCUGCGAAAACUUCUGGAGAGAUUAGCUCUCUUCAUAUAAAGAAACUUUCUCUUGAUGAAGACUUUGAAAGUGUUGAGGAUACGAUAAGGAGCGCUAAUCCUGAUAUUGAUUAUGACUCUGAAUAUUUCGAUGAAGAUGAGCAACUCUAUCGCAUGGCGUCCUCAGUGAUAAACAACUACACUUUAGACCAAAUAGAAGUCAAAAAGUUGAUCAACUAUCCGAUUGAGGACGAGUUGAUCAUUGGCCAUGAGUAUGGCUUCAAAGUGAAGAAGCUCCGCGCCGAUAGAAAGCGACUUCAGCUGGGUUUCUCGUCAAAUAAAACACGCACGAAGUACGGCAGUGUGUGA